CAAAAGUACCAUCAGAAAUGUGACCCUGAUCCUCAGCAGACCAGAGAGAGUAUCAUGGCACUGGGAAAACUGGCUUUCCACCAGCUGGAGAAAGGAAACCUGAUCUUCUAUGAGGAAGACCUGAGAGAGUGUGGCAUUGAUGUCAGAGAAGUGUCAGUGUACUCAGGAGUGUGUACCCAGAUCUUCAGAGAGGAGUUUGGGCUUCACCUGGGGAAGGUGUUCAGCUUCGUACAUCUGAGUGUUCAGGAGUUUCUGGCUGCUUUAUACACAUUUCUGUAUUUCAUCUCAAAAAAGAGAAAUGUGUUAGAGAAGAAAGAUCUUAAAAGUUUCAUCAGGAAGUCAAACAUGUCUGAUCUCCUCAGGAAGCCAAACAUGUCUGAUCUCCUCAGGAGUGCAGUGGACAAGGCCUUACAGAGUGAGAAUGGACACCUGGACCUGUUCCUCCGCUUCCUUCUAACAGGAGCUGGAUGA